AUGCAGAUUUGCCAAGCAACGCUAACCUUCACCUUCACGAACCCAACAAACCCUAAUUUCUGCAAACCCAAACCUCUCUUCCCAAGCUUCCAACCCCCUCGCCGCGUCGCCUUGCCGCCAUGCCGUGGCUUCAGCUCCGACGAGUUCCCCGUCGACGAAACCUUCCUCGAGAAAUUCGGACCCAAGGACAAAGACACGGAGGACGAAGCUCGCCGACGCAACUGGAUCGAGCGGGGCUGGGCUCCCUGGGAGGAGAUUCUCACCCCCGAAGCCGAUUUCGCGAGAAAGUCUCUGAACGAAGGCGAGGAGGUUCCGCUUCAGUCGCCGGAAGCAAUCGAGGCGUUCAAGAUGCUGAGACCUUCCUACCGGAAGAAGAAGAUCAAGGAGAUGGGUAUAACGGAGGAUGAAUGGUACGCUAAGCAGUUCGAGAUCAGAGGUGAUAAACCGCCGCCUCUCGACACCUCCUGGGCUGGUCCGUUGGUGGUUAGGCAGAUUCCGCCGCGUGAUUGGCCGCCCAGAGGUUGGGAGGUUGAUAGGAAGGAGCUUGAGUUCAUAAGGGAAGCUCAUAAGUUGAUGGCUGAGAGGGUUUGGUUAGAGGAUUUGGAUAAGGAUUUGAAGGUGGGAGAGGAUGCUACUGUUGAUAACAUGUGUUUGGAGAGGUUUCAGGUUUUCUUGAAGCAAUACAAUGAAUGGGUCGACGCUAAUAAAGACAGGCUUGAGGAAGAAUCUUACAAGUAUGAUCAAGAUUUUUAUCCAGGUAGAAGGAUCAGAGGGAAGGAUUAUAAAGAGGAUAUGUAUGAGCUUCCCUUUUACUAUCCAGGGAUGAUUUGUGAAGGCACAGUCACCACUUUGCAUCUGUACCAGGGAGCAUUUGUUGACAUUGGAGGUGUUCAUGAAGGGUGGGUUCCUAUCAAAGGUAAUGAUUGGUUUUGGAUCAGGCAUUUCAUAAGAGUUGGGAUGCAUGUUAUCGUUGAGAUCACGGCAAAAAGAGAUCCAUACCGGUUUCGGUUUCCCUUAGAGUUGCGCUUCGUCCAUCCUAAUAUAGAUCACAUGAUCUUUAAUAAGUUUGACUUUCCACCAAUAUUCCAUCGCGAUGGGGACACUAAUCCAGAUGAGAUACGGCGAGAUUGUGGAAGACCUCCUGAGCCUAGAAAAGAUCCAGGAUCAAAGCCAGAAGAGGAAGGGCUACUCUCUGAUCACCCAUAUGUUGACAAGUUGUGGCAGUUACAUGUAGCUGAGCAAAUGAUUUUGGAUGAUUACGAAGCUAACCCUGAAAAGUACAAAGGCAAAAAACUGUCAGAUCUAUCUGAUGACGAAGGCUUUGAUGAACAAAAGGAAAUCGAGCAUGGCGAAGCUUAUUUUAAGAAAACCAAAUUGCCAAAAGUUAUUCUGAAAACCAGUGUCAAGGAACUUGACUUAGAGGCUGCCUUGAUAGAGCGCAAGUACCAUAAUAAACUAAUGAUGGAGGCUAAAGCAAGAGGAGAAGGAUACAAAAUCGACAAGCUAAGAAGAAACAUUGAGAUGGACGAGUAUGAUGCUUUACACUGGCGCAGAUCUUUGGAGGAAAGAGAAGCAUUGCUUAGAGAUAUCAGCUCUCGUCAAGCACUUGGUUUACCACUGGAGGAACCAGGGAGGUAUAAGCCAGGAAGCUUCUUUGGGAAAGACCAAUAUGAUCCGACAAGCGCAUUGUACCAAUAUGACUACUGGGGAGAGCCAAAGAACUCAGAGAUUAGCAAGCAAGAGAGAAUGAAGGAUGCACACAACAAAUCCAUCGUUGGGAAAGGGAAUGUGUGGUAUGAUAUGUCUUACGAUGAUGCCAUUAAGCAGACAAUUGAAAGAAGGAAAGAUGGGUCUAACGUGGUGAGUCAAAAAGAGGAAGAAACAGAGUCUAAGGAGGAAGAAGAAGACGAUGAUGAUGAGUAUGAAUUUGACGAUUUUGAUUAUAGCAUUUUGAGUGAUGAGAGUAGUAUCGGUUACUCGGAACAACAACCUCUUGUUAACGGUACUCAGGUUUUCACAGAUUGA